AUAGUGAACCCAAAGAUUCACAAUCAAGCUCGGCAUCCCAAGUUAGUGCUGCAACUCAAUUACCCAGUAUAAACGAUGCAUUGCGACUAUUAAAUCAAUCGCCAAUUCCUUCAAAAAAAUUGAAUGAUUAUCAAUUUUUGAGUAAUAAAAUAAAUCAGACGUCUGACAGCUUGAAAAAAAUUUUGAACUCAACUGCUGACGAAGGAUCAAUUGAUGACGAUGGUGAAAAUUUUCGUUCAUUAAUUGAAAAGCUGCACGAUAAAUUCAAUGAUAAAGAAACAGAAAAGUCUUGAAAGAUACAAAUCUUAACCUUGUUACCUGAAAAAUGGGGUGAAAGACGUAUUUGUAAAACUAUGAAUACAUCAAGACAUUUAUCAAGAGUAGCAAAAAAGUUGGUUGAAGAAAAAGGUAUACUUUCAACACCUGAAACAAAAUUAGGGACGACAAUUACUGAUCAAAUAUUAUUGAAAAUUGCGAAUUUUUACAACGAUGAUGAGUAUAGUGCUUUGAUGCCCGGCAUGAAAGACUUUGUUUCAGUUCGAAAUGAUGAUGGUAAUCGGGUACACGUCCAAAAACGGCUUGUUCUGUCUAAUUUAAAAGAACUUUACCAAUGUUUCCGUGAAAUAAACCCUGCAGAGAAAGUUGGAUUUUCGAAAUUUGCUUCGUUACGGCCGAAACAUUAUGUGUUAGCAGGAGCAAGUGGAACGCAUACUAUAUGUGUAUGUACUAUCCAUCAAAACUUUAAGUUGAUGAUGCUUGGUGCAAAUGUUCAUUCUUUAACGAGGAAUACAGAAAAGUCGUUGAAACACUAUAAUGAUUGCUUGGACAUGAUAAUAUGUGAGACUCCAACAGAAAAAUGUUAUUUGGGUGGAUGUAACAAGUGUCCAGGGGUAGAUGAGUUGAGUAACAUUUUACUGACAUGUUUUGAGAAUCAGGAAAUCGAGAAUGUCACGUACAAGCGUUGGGUAUCAAAACCAAGGUGCAGUUUAGAAACUUUUAUACAGCCUACAGAAGAAUUUAUUGAAAACCUUUGUAGUGAAUUGAAAGUUCUUCUACCUCACUCAUUCAUUGCAAAAGAACAAGCUAAGUUUUUAAAAACAUUAAAGGAAACACUAAAACCAAAUGAAUAUGUCAUUAUUUGUGAUUUUGCAGAGAAUUAUGCGUUCGUAGUACAAAAUGCAGCAUCUGGUUUUCACUGGAAUAAUGAUCAGGCGACAGUUUUUCCGGUAGUUAUUUAUUAUAAAGUAAAUGACAAACUUGAACACAGAAGUUUAGUGAUUAUUUCAGACUGUAAUAAUCACGAUGCUGUUGCUGUUCAUGUUUUCAUCAAAAUAAUAACUGAUUAUGUGAAAAGUCUUCCUGAACGCUGUAACAAGAUUUAUUACUUUUCUGAUGGGGCUCCUCAACAGUUUAAAAACUUUAAAAAUUUUGUUAAUUUGUACUACCAUGAAGAUGAUUUUGAUAUUCCUGCUGAAUGGCAUUUUUUUGCAACUGCCCAUGGCAAAGGUCCGUGUGAUGGAAUUGGUGAUAUCCUCAAACGACUUGCAGCAAGAGCAAGUCUCCAGCUUGCGGUAGAUAAACAAAUAACAACACCUAUAGGACUUUACGAAUGGACUUCUGAUCCGGAUAACUUGCCAAAUAUCAUAGUCAAGUUUUCUCCAGAAGAAGACUAUAAUACAGCAUUGAACGACUUGAAUGACAGAUUUACAAAAACGAAACCAAUUUUAGGAACUCAACAACUACAUUGUGUAAUCCCCGACAAAAAUGGUUGUUUGUAUGUAAAAAAAUUCUCAAACUCUAAUGAACAUAGAAUUUGUAAAAUAUUGAAACGCCAGAGAGAACAUUAAUG